AGUGAGGCAAUCCUUACAGAAUACUGAUUUCUCCUCUCUGCUGAUCGUCCCCAGAGAGCGAAAACACUCUGUAGAGUCUGUAGAGGAAGCUACAAGAAAAAUUCAAAGGAUCAGCCUUUGGACAAGCAGACAUCUCUGACUGAUAGAAAGUUUUCGCUAUUUCUUGCUACAUGGCCACGUUCGCCCUCAGCGCACCUCUGCCGGAAAGAAGCGCACUUGUUGAAGGUCCGGAAUUUCAAAAGAUUGUACAGAACUGCAAGCAGUUGACAGAGAAGAUCCUUCUCUCGAUCCCCGAAACACACAAAUCCUGCAUUAAGACGGAGACUCUGCAGCUGAACUCCACAGAUAAUGCGCAGUUUGAGAUCAUGAGGUCCAGGCUUGGCAUCCCCUCUGCUCCUCAUAUCAAAGCCCUGUCAGAAAACGUCACUUUGGAGGACGGUUUGAGACAGCUCUAUGAGGGUCUGCAGACGUACCGGGCCUUGCUGAGCUCCCUCAAAAACUACCCCAAGCUGGCAAACAAAGAUAAAGUCACCGAGCUAAUGGCUGAUGUACGAGACCUCGCCAUUCAGAUCAAAGAGAUGUUAAAAAUUGUCCAUCCGCAAGGUUCACCCCACCCCACCAAACCCUCCGCGCCCUUAAAUCUACCAGCAGAUUAUGAAUUUCAGGUGGCAGCACACCUGACUCUGGUGGACCUCCAGUCUUACAUUCAGGACCUGGUCCGCUUCCUCAGGACUCUGGACCGCAGCACAGAGGUGGAGACAGAGUCCUAAC